UUUAUAUGUGCUAGUCUUAGUACGAGUUUUGCGCGUACUGCACUCAUUUGAAGAACACUAUCGGAAUCCCGUGAAGAAAACCAUACAAAAGAUGCCAGGAGAAAGACUGUCGAUCCGAGAUAACUCCGCUGUCGGCCGUUUCCACGGUGCUUCUGAAAGCAAUGGUCUGGCCGUCCCUGAGAGACACACCGAGGCCAAAGUGAAGAAAGACGAGAGCGGAUGUCGACGUUGGUUACGGAAGGCUUGUCCAUGUUGCUUCCGGAAACAGAGCAGCUUGUAUGAUUUGACCAUUGAAAAGGAAGCUGUGGAUGGAGAAAAAGAAGAGCCGGCAUCUCCAGUUCCUCCUAGCGGUGGUGAUACAGAACUAAACGAGCUGUCUCUAGCAGUGCGUUCUGUGGAUCUGCUCAGUCGGAAAACUGAUCGGAACAAGAAGGAGCAUCACACGGAUCAAUACUAUGGUGACCAGCUCAUCAUCCGCAGAGGACAGACGUUUCAAAUGGAGCUUGAGCUCUCACGACCUUUCAACCCAAACACUGAUAAACUUCACCUGGAACUGAAGACAGGAACGCUUCCGCUAGUGUCAAAGGGCACGCACAUCAUCAUACCGUUGGUGGAAGAACUCCAGGAUGAACGCUGGGAGGCCAAGAUCGUGGAGCAGAGCGUCAACCGAGUCAAGCUGUCCGUCAACUCCUCCACCACUGCUAUCAUCGGAAAGUACAAGCUGACCGUCGCAACGCAAUGUCUGAAGACGGGCGAAACUACCACACACGACCCUGACAAAGACAUUUACAUGCUCUUCAAUCCCUGGUGUGAAGAGGACACGGUGUAUAUGGAGAGUGAGAAAGAGCUGAAGGAGUACGUCUUAAGUGAUACUGGGAGAAUCUACUACGGCACUGAGAAGCAGAUCGGAGCUCGCACGUGGAACUUCGGCCAGUUCGAUGAAGGAGUUCUGGAGGCCUGUCUGUUUGUGCUGGAUAACAGCGAGGUUCCUCCUUCAGGUAGAGGAAAUCCUAUCAGUGUGGUCCGGGUCAUUUCUGCCAUGAUCAAUGCUCCGGAUGACCUUGGCGUUCUGGAGGGAAACUGGUCUGGGAAUUACGCGGGUGGAACGAGUCCCACGGCCUGGAGCAGCAGUGUAGAAAUCCUCAGGCAAUACCACAAAGAAGGAGGAGCGCCCGUCAAAUACGGGCAGUGCUGGGUGUUUUCUGGAGUCACGACCACAGUGUUGAGAUGUCUAGGUAUUCCUGCGCGCUCCGUAACGAAUUUCCAGUCUGCCCAUGAUACGGAUGUCUCCUUGACAACAGAUGUGUAUUUCGAUGAGAAAAUGGAACCGAUCCAUGACCUUAACUCUGACUCUGUAUGGAACUUCCAUGUCUGGAAUGAUUGCUGGAUGGCCCGUCCGGAUCUGCCCCCUGGAAUGGGUGGCUGGCAGGCCGUGGACUCCACACCGCAGGAAACCAGUCAUGGGACGUUCCGCUGUGGGCCGGCAUCACUGGCCGCUGUGCGCUCCGGACAGGUCUAUUUGAAAUACGACACACCUUUUGUGUUCGCUGAGGUGAACAGUGAUAAGAUCUACUGGCAGAGGAACCUCGACGGGAGCUUCAGUCAGAUCCACAGUGAGAAGAAAGCCGUCGGUCACUGCAUCAGCACGAAGGCUGUUGGCUCUGAUGAGCGUGUUGACAUCACAAACAUUUACAAAUAUCCUGAAGACUCGGAGGAGGAGCGCAUCGCUGUGGAGACGGCCUGCCGCUACGGCAGUAAACCCGAUGUCUACUCCAGUCCCAUUGCUGAGGACGUGCUGGUGGAGGUGAGGAUGGAGGGAGAAGGUCCACGCAUGGGAGGAGACGCUCAGCUGAAGAUCGUGGUGAAGAACACGAGCUCUCAUCCCCGCAGAACCACCCUUCACAGCCAGGUGGCGGUCAUGUACUACACCGGCGUGCUGAAGGACACAAUGAAGAAGGAAAAACUUAACGUGGAGCUCAUGCCGCAGGAAGAAAAGAUCAUUGAGUGGGUACUGCCUUACACGCAGUAUCAGAAUCAACUGGUGGACCAGGCCGCACUCAUGCUGACCUUGUCUGGACGGGUCAGUGAGACCCAACAGGUUUUGGCCAAUCAGACCAGCUUUAGGCUCCGAACACCUGAUAUCCGCAUUGAGCCUAUAGGAGAGGCGUAUGUGGGCAAGGAGACGUCGGCGAAGAUCACAUUCACAAAUCCUCUGCCCUGUACUCUGCGCAAUGUGGUGGUCCGAGUGGAAGGACUGGGGCUGAGAGACCUCCAUCCCAUCAGAGUGGGUGAUGUAGGCAAGCAUGCCAAUGUUACUGUGACGGAGCACUUUAUCCCGACGAUCGCCGGCCAGAGGAAGCUUGUGGCAUCUCUGGACUGCAAACAGCUCUCGCAGGUGCACGGCGUAGCCGACAUCAACGUUCACGAAAGCCAGUGAAUUCAGUCUGCUGUAAUGGACUGUAUCCCUUCACGGUGUUAUUUCAGUAUCAUCAGAUC